AUGGCGAAGCGGGCACAAAAACGACGGUCAACGCCAGAAACCACCACACAACAGCCAGCAAGAGCAGACACGGCAGAUUGCAACACGGAGAUGAUGGCUCAUCGGCGUCGACUGCAAUUUCAGCGCUUGGACAACAACGUGCCGUUUUCAACUAUUUCUCGCGCUCGCUUGGAACCACCCUCUCUCGCUUCCGGUGCCACGGGUCCCCGGAGAAAUCGUGUUCGGAAUACGAUGCGGGAAGGGUUCGAAAUGGCUUGGGAGACAUGGGUUACCUUUGAGCUGGAAAUCGCCUGUCGCGUGGAGGAGUUAGUGGGAAGGGAGUCAGAUCGGAAACGUGAACGCCAUAUGCAAUAUUGA